CCGGAGGCUCGCGGGUCUCAGAACGCAUCCCGCCGCUGGGGCUGCAGCCGCGGCAUGGGCGCCGCGGGCCCCAUCUGGGUUUUCUUGACUCUCCUCGCGCCGGGGGUCCUCGGUCAGUGUAAAUCCCUGCCAAGGUAUCCUUUUGCUAAGCCUAAAAUUCAGAGUGAUCAGUCUGAGUUUGCUGUUGGCGAAACUUGGGAAUAUGAAUGCCUUCCUGGGUAUUUCAAGAAGUCAUUCAUUGUCACCUGCCUAAAGACUUCCAAGUGGUCAAAUGCUCAGCAAUUCUGUAAACGUAAAUCAUGUUCGGUUCCUAGAGAACUCCUCCAUGGCUCUGUCCACACACCUCAGGGUAUCGUGUUUGGGGCAACAAUUACAUUUUCAUGUGACAAUGGAUAUCGACUCAUUGGUGGCUCAUCUGCUACAUGUGAUUUCUUAGACAAUACUGUAACCUGGAAUACGGACCUACCCGUUUGUGAAUCUAUUCCUUGUGAGCCACCCCCAGCCAUCUUAAAUGGAGACUUUUACAGCAGCAAUAGAGACUAUUUUUACUAUGGAAUGGUGGUUACUUAUAAAUGCCAUGUUGGACAGAAUGGGAAAAAGCUGUUUGACCUCGUGGGUGAAAAGUCAAUAUAUUGCACCAGCAAAGAUAAUCAAGUUGGCAUCUGGAACAGUCCUGCCCCUCAGUGUAUUCCUGUAGUCAAAUGCCCAAUUCCAGAAGUUGAAAAUGGAAUUAUGGAAUCUGGAUUUAGGCAUUCAUUUUCCUUAAAUGAUUCUGUGAUGUUUAAGUGUAAGCCUGGCUUUACCAUGAAAGGCAGCAACACAGUAUGGUGCCAACCAAACAGCAAAUGGAAUCCUCCACUGCCAAAGUGCUUCAAGGGGUGUCUACCACCUCCACAUACCCUCCAUGGUAAUUAUAACCAAUUGGAUGAGGAAUUCUUUGCAGUUGGGCAGGAAGUGUUCUACAGCUGUGAGCCUGGCUACACUCUCAUUGGAACUAACCCUAUACGGUGUACACCCUUGGGAAUGUGGAGCCAUCUAGCACCCAAAUGUGAAGUGAAAUCAUGUGAUGACAUUCCAAACCAACUUCUCAAUGGCCAUGUGGUAGUUCCUCCUAAUUUCCAGCUUGGGGCAGAGGUUUCAUUUGUUUGUGAUAAAGGGUACCGGUUAAAUGGCCAGUCUUCUAGUCAGUGCGUCUCAGAAGGAAUGAGAGUAUUCUGGAGUAAUAAGUUUCCUGUCUGUGAACGGAUUUUUUGUGACCCCCCUCCUUCUAUCAAAAAUGGACGCAGUAGUUCUCAUUCUGGUCCUGUAGCUCUUAAUGCUGUGGUGACCUACACAUGUCCCAGUGCCUUCCGCAUCAUUGGAGAAAGACGUCUUUUUUGUAUAAGUAAAGACAAUGUGAAUGGAAUUUGGGAUAAAGCUCCUCCUAUCUGUGAAUAUUACAAUAGAGAUUCUGUUUGCUCUGAACCCAUAGUACCAGGGGGAUACCGAACUAAAACAUCUAGACCACCCUUUAGACAUGGCCAUUCUGUGACAUUUUCCUGUUAUGCCAAUUUCACCAUGAAAGGAAAUAAAACUGUUUGGUGCCAAGCAAAUAGAACAUGGGGUCCGACACCAUUACCAAUCUGUGAGAGUGAUAUCCCCAAGGAGUGUCCAUCUCCUCCCACAAUUACCAAUGGGCAUCACACAGGGGAGAGUGUUGCCUCCUUUGCCCCAGGAUUGAUUGUGACCUACAGUUGUGAACCUGGUUAUUUAAUUUUUGGAAAAAACACCAUUCACUGUUUGUCUUCGGGAGACUGGAGUGCUGUUGCUCCCACAUGUAAAGAAGCACUGUGUGAACCUCCACGACCAUUUCUCAAUGGGCAGAUAAAGAGGCCCACUAGUUUGGGGGUUGGUGCAACUGUGAACUUUUCCUGUAAUGAAGGGUAUCGGUUACAAGGACCACUUUCUAGCCAGUGUGUAAUUGUUGGACAGCGUACUUUUUGGACCAGGAUGCCAACGUGUGAAGAAAUUUUUUGCCCAUCACCGCCUCCUGUACUCAAUGGAAGACAUACAGGCACCUCUUCAGUGACCUUUCGAUAUGGACAGACAGUCAGUUACACCUGUGACCCGGGCCCAGAGGAGGGAGUGAGCUUCAUCCUCAUUGGGGAGAGGACAAUCAGUUGUACUGCUGGCAGUCAGAAGACUGGGGCCUGGAGUGGGCCUGCCCCACGCUGUGAACUUUCUGUGUCUGAGGUUUGGUGUCCACCUCCUCAGAUCCCAAGAGGCCAAAUAUCAUCUGGGCAGAAAGAUCGAUAUUCCUACAAUGACACUGUGGUAUUUGCUUGCAUAUUUGGCUUUACCAUGAAGGGUAGCAAGGCAGUCCGAUGUAAUGCCCAAGGCACAUGGGAACCAUCAAUACCAGUCUGUGAAAAGGAUUGUCAAGCCCCUCCUAAAAUCCUCCAUGGGCAAAAGGAAGACAGACACAGAGUUCGCUUUGACCCUGGAACAUCCAUAAAAUACAGUUGUGACCUUGGCUAUGUGCUGGUGGGGGAAGAAUCCAUACGCUGCACCCCUGAUGGAGUGUGGAUACCCACUGCUCCCACAUGCAAAGUGGCAGAAUGUGAACCUGUCGGAAAGCAAGUCUUUAAAAAACCCAAGAACCAAUUCAUUAGACUAGAUGUUAACUCUUCUUGUGAUGAAGGGUACCGACUGGGUGAAAGUGUUUAUCAGCAGUGUCAAGGCACAAUUCCUUGGUUUAUGGAAAUUCGUCUUUGUAAAGAUAUCACCUGCCCACCACCUCCUGUUAUCGACAAUGGAGUACACACAGGCAGUUCUUCAGAAGAUGUCCUAUAUGGAACCAGAGUCACUUACACAUGUAACCCUGGGCCAGAGAGAGGAGUGAAGUAUGACCUCAUUGGGGAGAGCACAAUUCGUUGUAUAAGCGAUGAUCAAGAGACAGGCAUCUGGAGUGGCCCUGCUCCUCUCUGUACACUUUCCCUCCCUGCUGUUCAGUGCUUGCCUGUCAAUGUUACAAAUGGAUACAAGAUAUCUGGCAAGGAAGCUCCUUAUUUCUACAAUGACAGUGUGAUAUUCGAGUGUGCUGCUGGAUUUAUUUUGAAGGGCAGCAGUCAGAUUCGUUGCAAAGCCAAUAACACCUGGGAUCCUGAAAUACCAGUUUGUGAAAAAGGCUGUCAGCCACCCUCUGUGCCCUACCAUGGUCAGCAUACAGGUGGAAAUAGGGUCCUCUUUGUCUCUGGGAUGACUGUAGACUACACCUGUGACCCUGAAGAAAAUGUAUUAUAAUCUCUCUCUAGGUACCAGAUGACUGUACGACACACUUAUCAGAAAUGUCAAGAUGAUGAAAAUAGGGUUUGGUUCCAAAAGAUUCCACUUUGUGAAAUUAUCAACUGUCAGUCUCCACCAGUGAUUAAAAAUGGGAGGCACACGGGUGUGCUGGCAGAAGUCUUUCAAUAUGGAAAUGAAGUCUUUUAUGAAUGUGAUCAAGGAUUUGAUCUCCUGGGAGAGAAAAGUAUACGGUGCAUAAGAGAUUCUAAAGGACAGGUAUUUUGGAGUGGACCUGCCCCGCAGUGCAUAAAAUCUUCCCCUGUGACUCACUGCCCUGACCCAGAAGUCAUGCAUGGAAAGAAGCUAAAUAAAACUCAGUCUCAAUAUUCCCACAAUGACAUAUUACAUAUUGCCUGCAAUCCCGGCUUCAUCAUGAAUGGCAGUCACUUGAUUAGGUGCCAUACCAACAACAAAUGGGUGCCAGGUGUACCAACUUGCAUCAGAAAGGCUUUCGUAGGCUGUCAACGUCCGUUUAGGAUCUCCCAUGGAAACCACACUGGUGGAGACAUAACGCGGUUUUCUCCCGGAAUGUCCAUCCUGUACAGCUGCGACCAGGGCUACCUGCUUGUGGGAGAGGCACUCCUCCUGUGCACACACGAGGGGACUUGGAACCGACCUGCCCCGUAUUGCAAAGAGGUGAACUGUAGCUUCCCAGAACAUACAAAUGGAAUCCAGAAUGGGCUGGAGCCUGGAAGAAUGUAUCAAUAUGGAGCCGUUGUCACUUUAGUAUGUGAAGACGGCUAUACCCUAGAAGGCAGUCCCCAGAGCCAGUGUCAGGAAGAUCACCGAUGGAACCCUCCCUUGGCUGUUUGCAAAUCACCCAGUUCACUUGCUCCUCUUAUUGCUGGUUUUUCUGCCGGGGUAGUAGCUCUUUUCUGCUUGGGUGCUGUCACCUUACGCAUGAUAUUAAAACACAGAGAACGCAAUUACUACACAAAUACAAACCAUAAAGAAGAUGUUCAUUUAGAAACACUAGACUUAUACUCUGUUGACCCAUACAGCCCAGCAAACUAAUCAGAAGACAAACUGUAUGCUUCAUUGCUUGGAACCCAACUGAACAUCAGUUGGAAAGAAACCAUUCUAUUGUCAACAAGUGGAUUAGUAUGGUCUCAACAUCAGUGAGAUUGUUUCAUAAGAUUUAACUCCUAUAUGCAAUCAGUCUCAAGCAGAACAAAGAAAAGUGGCCUGAUGAUAAAGAUGGGAGCCCAGUUUCACUGCCAUGCGUUCUUCAAGGACUUUUUGAAGCCUCACCUGUGAUGUAUUGGAGACAGGCUAUGGCUAUAAACAGUUACAUAUCUCUGAAGAAGUGUCAGAUUUUUAAGGAAGCCACUAAAAAGAGCUUUCCUUGUGUCUAGAAAGAAUCUAGACAUAUAUACUGUAAUCAGCAUACUUACUGUUACCAUAUACUUUUAAUUAUAGUGUGGUUUUAAUUAUUUAAGCAAAAUAUGAAGCAUACCCUCUGGUUAUGAUAGGCAUACAUUUGUUGGGAAGCCUGUUUUUAUUUUAAUAAGAGCAUCUUUCUCUGAUAUAGUUAAACAUCUCACAUUUAUUUCCACUUCAUUUGAGUUUUUCUCAUCAAAUAUAUUUUGACUUUCUAUAAUCACUCAGUAAUUCCAGUUUGCACAUCUUUUUUAAAAUUAGGGGAGUCAAGUUUUAAUUCUGAAGCUUAACUCUGAGGUAAUUAUAGUUGCUUGUAAAAUGUCAUUUGAUAAUGUGUACAUUAGUCAUUCAAAUAUAUUUUAUCUUUUAAAAA